AGUUUGGGGUUUAUAUAGAGAGGCGUCCAGGGGGGUCCAGGAGGAGUGGACAUCGCAGCCUUCUUUAACUUCUCUCAGCCGGAGAACUCAAACAGGGAUCCCUCUCUGCUCUGAAGAAGUGCAAACUGUGCUCAUCUGAUUACAUAAUGACCCAGUAACAGAGAGCCAGAACCGGUACUGCCAGUACCAGUGUGCUGGGAGACACUGACUGACCAGCGGCCUCUCUCCUCGCUGUUUUUCCACGCGUUUUUCACGAGGCUUUUUUCCCUUUUAGAAAUCUAGGAUGGCAAUGGCGUAGACGGACAGUGAAAGAAAACAAUGCAAACAAUGUGAUGUCAAAGUGCGGGGGGGUUUAAAAAAUGCUGUCAAUAAGUCAGAGUAGUUUAAUACCGAGAAGUUUAAACUUUUUCUAACUUUUUUCUCCUUAAAGUUUUACGGUAUCUUUCGUUCUCAUGUCGCACGGUCAGUAGAAAAAGUCAAAUCAUCAAGUCGCCAAUCUGGGGUCGAAGUGAACUUCUGUUAUAAGCCAACAGAAAGGUAAGAGACACACUAACAUUAUAAAAUAUGUCUUUUAUUCUUUAAAAUUUGUGUUUUUAUUCCAUUGUUUUUAUGUUCACUUGCUUUGUUUUUACUGGUAUCUGUUUCUUCUGGACCAAUUUCAAUGUCAACAAAUGCUCUGGACUAAACAUCUUCACAGUACAGCACUGUAUUCCUGUAUUUCUAUAUUAUUAUUGACUUUUUUAGAUGUUUUUCCAACAGUACUGCACCUGUUACAUCCCAGUAUUAACACUUUAUUGACUUUCUUAUUUUCUGCCUCUUUAUGUCCCUAUGUAACAUGUAACUGAACUUUUUAAUGCAAGGCUUCAGGUCCACUUUCAAACGGGUUAGUUUUCUGCAUCUACCGUGUUGUUUUUACCUUGCAGAUGGAUGAUAGUGGUGUAAAAUAACAGAGAGGCUCUACUGUAGGAAUCCUACUGAAAUCUAACAUUGUGCUGGAUGUAAAUAUGAGAGUGUUUCAAAGUUUUUCCUGAUAAUGACAAUUUUAUCCCUCAAAUUUUUCUGAUUAUCGCCUUUGCACCUUUGAUUUCAAGUAAGCUAAAGAGGCAAUCAUGCAAAGAUUGUCUAAGCUGUACAAACAGGUAGUCUAACACUUUUAGUAGCAGAAAAUACCAAGCAGAUAGCACAAAACAUGCUGAAAAGAGAAGUUGUUUUGGACCCUUAAGUCUACAGAGUCUGGGCUCGGAAACCUUUUGUCAAAACAAAUCAAGUCCUCCCAUUCAGGGAUCCUCGUCAGCCUCUCUACUGUGGUGAACCAGGUCAGAUUUACAGCAGAGAGACAGUCAUUUGGAAGAAGACGGUAAAAGUCAGCGUUAAAUUACAGCCUGGUUACCAACUGCUGCGCUGCAUGCUCACAGUGUUUAAUUUCGGUCAAUGUCGUAAUUCUUUGACAACUUAGGAAGUGAGGACCGUGAACAGACGGAUGAACACAGACGUCUUGACAAAAAACAAGAGGGACAUUGGUUUCAUUUGGAUCAUACAGCAGGCAAAACACAAAUACAUGAAGACUUAAUAUCACUACUUUGUCAUUAGAAGCUAGUGAUCUAAAAACUGCCACAUUUUACACAGGUCCGUUAACUUUCUGGAACAUUCAUGAUUAUUCUCAAGAAUCGUUGCAGCUCAUCUCUUCCUUUUGACAUUUGAAGUCAAGAAAAUCAUCAAUUCUGUCCUCAUAUGUAGUUUAAUGUUGUUUUUCAAGCAUACUGAUGUCUUUGUGCAGCAAAACACUGCUGUUUAAAUGGUUUUUAAACUAUUGGCAAAGAUUUUAAUGCAAGCUGAAGAAUGGUACAGAAAAGCAGACAUCCAUCAACACUUAAACAAUGCCGGAGAAAGUUCGGUUAUCGAACAUUUCAUUUCUUAAUUUGAUGAAGACCAUUGCUCCAAAACAUCUGGAUUACUUCACUCUUUGUGGCACCGAGUCAAAGUGAAAGCUUCUUUAGCUGUUGUUUCUUAAUUUCCAAACAAAAAUAACCUAAAAGGAAAUGUUGAACCUUCCUCCAAUUUUAAGCAACAAGAUUAAAAAAACUGCAGCCACGAUCAGUCAGCUUGUUCAGAUAGUUCUUAUAAUCUGUGGUAGACUUGUUUAAUCUGUGAUUUGUCUGUUCUGCUAGUUGGCAAUAGUAACAAGGACUUAAAAGACUCAGCUGGCGGAAGAAAAGCUCUUUGGGAUUGUCAUUUCUUUGGAUGAUGAAGACAUAGAGACCAAACAGCAGCUCAUUUGUAUGGCAGUGUGCUUGGUUUGGCUCCAGAAAGUUUGUGGUUUUAGCAUCUCGUGUUGGCUGAGCAGAUGCCUUCUUGGCGUGAGCUGUGUUGAUGUUUAGACAAUCCUUUCAGUCCAGUGUGGAAGCUGCUGUGGUGUGGACACUGGUCACAGCCAUUCAGGAUUUGCUGUAUUGAGUCUUUUCAGGGCAGCGUACAGGCUGCAAGGACUUCUUUAUGGCUACGGACACUGGACGGGGAGAACUGGUUUGGAGGGAUUACCCUCUCCUCUGGAAUACUAAUGACCGUCUUUUGUCGCCGAUCUAUUUCCUCCACUUUCACCCAAAGUACCCCUUCCUCUCUCCUUCACCAUCCAUUUCUCUCCCUCUUCCUUUUUCACUUCUUUUGUCACCCGAAACUAAUUAUUCUCCCUCUUCUUCCCCAAUCUCUGCCCCCUCAAAAUGUCAAGCACUGCAAACUCACACACGAUCAAACACAGUUGCAAACACACACUCACUUUACGCUCCGUACCGCUCUCCUCAGCCCGUCUAACUCGCUCUCUUUUUUCACUCGCUCGCUCAUCCAGCCGUAUUUUUCAAUGGUGGCUUUUGUCCCUUUCAUCUCCUCGAAAACAAAGGAUUCUUGUGCACACGGGACGGAGGGAAGGAGAGGGAUGGUAAGCCGGACAGAGAGGAAGAGAUCUCUAACCUUGAGUGUGGUCGUCAAAUGAGUGGGAAAAGUCAUUUUUCAAGAGAGCGAGUCCAUCAGUAUGACUGUCAGUGGAGGCGAUACACUCUGCAAAUAUUGUGUUGGUUACAAUAACAGUUAAAUAACCCAGUCUGUACAUGUCUUCGCAUUAUUUAUAGUUGUCUGAACGAGUAUCAUUCUUUAAAUGUGUUGCAAUCAUGUUAGCUUCAUAGCUUACUGUUUCCAACUUUGUUUAAUCAAACACACCACAGUCACCAAAAUCAUUAAAACACAACAGGAAACUGAUCCUCAACAAUCCUCAACAAACCCAUUUCAAACAGACCAGGUCAAAGUGAGCCAGCGGGUAGCGUGCAAAGCAGAAGCAAUAUCUAUGUUGCAAACAAGUUGCUGAAAAGUUUAAAAGAUGUUUCUUCAAAGCCUGGCACACACCAGAAGAUUUUUAAAAAUCUUUGGACACACUAGAGACUCCACUCAUGACAAUAAAUGAUGAGCAAUUGGACUGAUUUGUUCAACGGCGUUGAACUACAGCUUGGUCAUAAAGUCAUCCCAUUUGACGAUGGACUGCAUGAAUGAUCGGUCGUCCCCACACAAAUAAGGAUUUGUGGAUUGAACAUGUUUAAUAUUCAUGAUUCAAAGUCAGAUCGGCUCAGACUUCCGCAGAGCUCAGAGGGAGGAAAAAUCACUCCUAACACACCUCACACUUCAGGAUUAUCUGGUGAGAUAAUCUCAAGAACCAUCCAAUUAUCAGGCCUUUGCUGACUUUUGUUAGAAGGGUGAAUCUGGCCCAAAACUGCCAUGAUUAUCUUGUAGUGUUCAUCAGAUAGGUUUCAAUACCAAAAGCAGUCUUAUUGAUUGGUUUAUGAACUGAUUGCCAUAUUGGAAAUGUUGACUCAACCUAAGUUUUGGUCAACCAAGAAACAGGCAAGGAGGUGCUACCACAGUGGAUGUAAGCCCCCCUCACAGUUAUAAUGCAACCACUGGUCAACUCACCACAUGUGGCAAAACAAAGACAAGUAAUGUGAGUAGUAUGGAGUGAAGUGUGACAUGAAGCAAAGGGUCGCAGCCAGGAGUCAACCCAGUGACUGCUGUGAUGGGGGGGAAUAACUUUUUAGUCAAAACGGCCAAAGUGGUGCACCUUUAUAAAGGAUCCAAUGGGGUUUCCUUGUCUUUAAAGCCAACCUCAAGUGGACACUCAGGGAACAGCACUUUUUCUGGAAACUACUCCAUUGGUGUAAUUUCAAACGUAGAGGCUUAGCUUGCGAAAGAGCUUAAAAUGUUCUUGACAAGCUGAAGAAAUCCCUCAAUAUUGACUGCUUUUUACUUUCUGUACUCUGCAGGUGAAUAGAAAGAGGAAUUGAGAGAUGCCUGUGUUUUCCCAAGUCUACGGGAAAUAAGUGCAGAAAUUGUACCAAAAAGGCUAUUUAAGGUGAUACUACGUCUGGUCUGGUUAUAUAUUGUUGUUGUGCAACUGGCCAGAAAGAGACAUAGUAGUCAUAGAGUCACAAAGCUUGGCAGAUAUAUGACCUAGACCUAAAGGAAUAGAUAAACUAGUACUUGCAGUGAAAAGCUGCACCAUGUUGUGUGCAAACCAAACAUUCCUCUGGACAAUAACUGAUGUUGUAUUGUGUUCGAACUACUCAAAAGGUCUAUAUGUCCAAUACACGGGUAUGUGUUUACUGUAUGUGUAGGCAGGAGCCCUGCAGGGUUCAGAGUUCAGCUGGAGAUGGACACAGCCAAUCACAUGGGCCUCCUCUUGACCCCGCCUCCCUCCCUUUUCUCCCCCUCCACAUCUUAGUAUUCAGAGCACAGACAUCAACAACAGAUCUCUAUUCAUUCACUCAGUGUGAGCUCCAGCAUGGAGGGAGGAGAGAGAAGGGUCAGAAAGGACAGGAAAGGACAGAGCAUAUCAGAUCGCCCUGCUUCUUCGGCUUUUGUUUGCGUUGUUUUGUUUUUGGUUUUGUUAUAUUCGCUCCGGAAAGCAGAGGCAGUUUGAGACAAAAGGGUCUAUUUAGUCAACAGUGAGUGAGAGUGAGAAAAAGAAGGAUGUGGAGAAAGAGAGACUACAGCCCAGUAGAGGGUACAACUGUUAAGAGGGCACAAGGGACGAAACCAUAUAUUGACAAUAAGUGUCCAUGGCACCCAAGGAAAAGUUGGGGGUGCCCGUUGUGUGAACAUACUGCAGACACUUGAACACUGACCCCUUCAUCGCAUUGUACCACUACUGUCUAACACUCGUGACACUUAUGAAUUGACAACAGGCACUCUUGAGUAAUGAGUAAGGAUGUGGAUGUACUUGCAACCAACUACAUAAUUACUGCUCAACUACUCCGAUUUGAUAGAUGGAUGACAAAUAAACCUGGAUGUGCAACUCCUUGUGGGUCUGGUUCUUGUACCCUUUGCAAGUUUGAAAGUUGUUUGGAGCGAUCACCUACAUCCUAGGGUGUCACAAAUGGAAGUUUUAAGGGUGGUAUGCUGAUUGUAACAACUUCUAGAUUUCAAAUAAUCCACAUCAGUGUGUCCCAUCUGGUGCAAAUGCUGCACAGGUGAUGUUUGUCUCCAAACACAAACAGGCCCAAAGUGAGGGUAGAGUGUGAGACCAGCUUUCAGUAAAAUGGAAUUACGUAUUUCAGUGGAAGACCGUAGCCGUCUUGAAUGAGAUUCAAGACAUAUCCUUGGGGACCCCUUUUCACGUGGAAUAACAGCCACCAGUGUCUCCUCAUCUCAAUUCAGUAACUGUCUCGUGCAAGCAACACGUGAAUGUGCCUGCACUAUCAAGCUUUUAAUGUGAAAGAGCAGCUGUGCUUUCAUGCUGAAAGAAGGCUUUUAUUUUGACAAGGCCAGCUGCCUUCAGUGAAAGGAGAAAAGGGGGCUUAAAUGGACCACCGUGGACAGCCAGAACACUGUCAAGUUGAAAAACGUGCUUCUAAUCCCCUUCUCUUCCUCCUGAAUGUUCCACCAUGUCAUUUUCGUAUUCAUGUGGUCAUAAAAUGUUCUGUCUGUUAUGCCUGUCAUGCAUCAUGCAAUCUUGCAUUUGGACUCACCUGCUGUUCACUUUAUCUUACUGUCCAUCUCUUUCUGUCUCUCCAUCUUACCCUCUUUUUUCUUGACUCACCACCCAUUGUUUCCUUCCCCUGUCUCCAACCCCCUGCAGUACCAGCCAUGACCUCGGCCACCCCACCUUCCUCUGAGGGCUCUUCCCCUCAGAAAGUGUGCCACUCCCAGACACAGACUGACAUCACCAAGCCCCUGCUGGGCUCCACUGGGGUGACUGUGGGUGCUGGUGCAGGCAGUGGAGGAAAAGAAGCUGGAGGGCCCAAUGCUCUUCGAAGGAGGCGCAGAGUCCUUUCCAAAGACGGACGAAGUAAUGUGCGCAUCGAGCACGUCAGCGGUCGUGGGGCGCUGUACCUACGGGACCUAUGGACAACCUUCUUGGACAUGCAAUGGCGCUGGAAGUUCUUCCUCUUCUCUGCUACCUUUGCUGGGACCUGGUUCCUGUUUGGAGUGCUUUGGUACCUGGUGGCAAUGGUACAUGGAGAUCUGCUGGGUAAGAUGGAAGGUGGGAUGAGGGUUUGUGGUGCAUGGAGCAGCAUGGGUUGGCUCUUUCUGUGGUAAAAUAACCCACAAUGUCCAAGAUUAUUUUGUAAAGGGUCAAACAAAGAGGAUCCUAUAGUACAGUUUCCAGUUACAUAAUGAGCACAAGGAAGAUCUUGCAACACAAGAGAGGGAACAAAAUGUUGAAAGCAUUGCUUCCCAUAACCCAUGAUCAUCUGUUCUUCCCCAGAGUUUGACCCCCCUUCCAACCACACUCCAUGUGUAAUGGAGGUGAAGACCCUCACAGGAGCCUUCCUUUUCUCUCUGGAGUCCCAAACCACUAUUGGCUACGGUUUCCGCUGCAUUACAGAGGAGUGUCCAGUUGCCAUUGUACUGCUCAUCUUUCAGCUGGUUAUCACCAUGGUGAUGGAGAUCUUCAUCACUGGCACCUUUCUUGCUAAGGUAGUAAGAUGGGACAAAACACUCUUUAAUAUAAAUUUUAAAGUACCUUUUCAUACCAAAGAGGACUUAUUCCUUAAACUCAGUCACCCUAGUAGGUUCACCCUUGAACCACUCAUUACAGCUAUCAACAUUUGCAGCAAUCAACUCCUUGGUUAUCAUGCUUACAAGAUUGUCACCAUUGUCACUGAUUACUACUCCCUAAUCUGUCCACAACAAGGUUGUUUAAACAAUUUCUUCCUGCAGACUUAAAACCUUUCCAGAAAGAGGACUGAUAAGCCCUGUAGAUGAUUGCUGUGGGUCAUGUAAAGUGUUUAGGGUUUGUAGUAACAGGAAACAUCAUAUAUCCUUAAAUGCCUAUUCUUUGACACACAUUUUUCUUCCUGUAGGUAGCUCGUCCCAAGAAGAGAGGCGAAACUGUGAAGUUCAGUCAACAUGCUGUUGUGUCGAAUCAUGAGGGUCGACCAUGCCUCAUGAUCCGAGUGGCUAACAUGCGCAAAAGCCUGUUGUUAGGAUGCCAGGUAUGUAGGGCAAUUCCAAUUGUGUAAAGUCUGAGAAUCUCUUAUCCAAGCCAGUGCUCACAGCUGGAAAAGUCAGUGUUUAGAAACAUGUAGACAUCGCUCUUAGAUUCUUAGUGGCUGGCACAUCAACACUGAUUAGGAUACUGGCCAUUGCAGGUAUUAAACCUGGGGCCUUUUGGUUACAGGAUGCCUUCUGCAACUUCUUGGCCUCAUUUACUGACUCCAUCUUGGCUCCCAGGUGACGGGGAAGUUGCUUCAGACAUCUCUGACAAAGGAGGGCGAGACAGUGCGACUGGACCAGCGCAAUGUGCCUUUCCAGGUGGAUACGUCCAGUGACAGUCCCUUCCUCAUCAUUCCCCUGACUUUCUACCACAUCAUUGAUGAAAACAGCCCCCUCAGGGCAUGGGCAGCCAAAGGUAAAUGAUAACCAUCAUUUAAGGUUUACGGGCAGAUCUGAUAGAUACUAAGAAGAACACUACUCUUCAAUUAGAGGACUCUUUGUUAAGUACCACACAGUGCAAAAAGAAGUCUGAAAAUCAAACCUCAGGGUGUAAAAUAGACAUUUUAAAAACAUACUGGGUUGGAAAUACCAGGCUAAGAUUUGGCAACCAUGCUGGGGCACCAAGAACGGCAUUAAAAGAGACACAUACAGUGCCAAAGUUACAUCAAGUUUAAAAGCGGUUAAGCAUGUUAAAUUCAGCCCAGGUGGUCUUUUUUUUUUACUUGGUCACAUUGUAGAAAUUUUAACUCAAGUUUUCAAUUUCUUAUAAAUGUGAGAUUUGCAGCUAGUAUUUAAAAUAUAAAAACACUGAACCAUCAGAUUUUUUUUUUUACAAGAGUUCACUUAAAAGGUUUCUUUGAUAUUUUAACUAAACUUUUGCAUGCUCAACUUCUAAAAGGUUUUUCAAACUGGUCACUAUUAAUAUUUGGAAUCAAUAGGUGUUGAGAGUAGUUGUAUUUACAGUACGCUCAGCUAGUAUGUGUCUGUAGGUGUGCUGGUAUUUACGGUCAUGUGCUUGGCUGCCUCUAAGUGUCCAGAGUUGGGCUGGAUUGGCACUGUAGGAGAGAGAGUUUCAUUCUGGCUGGAAUGUGUGUGAGAGAGAGAUGGUCAGAGACACCCCUCAUUAGAGCACAAUGCUGUACAGUCUGGGGUGCUGACACGAAGCCUGCGCAGAUCCACUUACAGCGGCGCUGAAGCUCUUGAAGGCAUCAGUGCUGACGGACUCUGAUCGCUGUGUUAUUUACACUUGUAAGUCUCUUCCUAGCUUUUUUAGCUGUAGGGGGGAAUUUUACUUCUUAACAUUUCUCAUCAGAGGGCCAAACUAGGGAUGCAAAUUCAAAGUAUUUUCUGUGACUGAUCUUUGGAAAUGUUCAGGAUCAUUUAUUGAUUCCUGUUUAGAUUUUUUUCUACCAAAUGCACUUUUCCCAGAAGUCAAUUAUUUUCUGCAGAAACAUACUCGAUGUAACUGAUGGUAUUGUAUUGUAUUCAUGUUCAGUGUCCGGCUUUCCGCAUACUUGUUCUUCUUGAUUAAAAAGGAUUUCUACAUGGGUGGGUGUCAGCCAUGAACCAGCUUACUUUUAGUCUGGCGGCAGAAAACGCAAACUCAGGAAGCAUUGGUGUUGCUGGUAUGAUAAUAUUUGCCAGCUUUGCCAUUCCAAGAAGAAACAUGCUGAACAACCAAAACUCAAAGCUGAUCGGUGAAUGUUAUAUGAGAUACAAUGUGCUGAUUGUCACUACUUAAUGGAAAAAGAACAAAAAAUGUAUGUUCCAGUAUGUUCUUAACAAUCAAUUUCUCUGUUCUUGGAUAAUUAUUAGUUUUUUAUUCAAACCUUCAAACCAAUAAAAUCAAAAUUGACCCUGUGACCAGUGCGUCCUAUGGACAUCUGGUUGUGUUGUUGGCAUGCUUAACUUCUGUGAUGUACAUACCAUUCAACAUAUGGUUCUUCUCCACUUUCAGGAGAUGGUUUCUUCAAAGUUAAAUGGACGACAGCAGAAAGUUUGAUUUUCAUAGAAAACGCUCCGUCUAUCACCGAGAUGGACUAAAAAAGUCCCCAAAAAAGUCCACAGACUUUCUGGUCUCAUCUUUUCCUCCUCCAUGCCUUCAGUAGAAGUAAAGCUUGAGCUGUGAAAUACCCAAAUACCCAGCUGAAUACAGAUAUUCAUUCACUGGGCAAGGUUGAUCACAAUAGUUGAUCAAACAAAAAAGGCUAUUUCUGCUCGAACCAGAGACAGAGUGAGGGGAAAUAACAUCUCUUUUUCACACCACACACAGCUGUUCUGACUAAAUGUGAAAGUGCGUGUUAACACCAGACUGGUUAAAAUCACAUGCUUAAACCACAUGCUCUGUAAAAACCAGAACUUAUAUAGAAUUAUUUAAAACAGAAUAGGGAAAUAUUCUUUAAAUGUGGUUCGUGUUACAUGCCCUGCAGCUGACCUUCUCCUUUAAGUCUUUUAAGAGUAACCAGCUCUUAGACAUACAUUCAUGGUGAUUGAGCACACUAUGCUUUAAGCGCUUCAUGGUUCAUCAAACAGAGUUCAACCCUUUCCCUGCAGCGCUGACGUUACUGGUUUGAUAAGAAAACUGAAUUCAGGCUUGAGGUACAACACUGUGUGAAGCUUUCAGGCAUUAUGUGAGUUACUAAGUAAUGAGGCCAGGGCACUGUGGAGAUGGUCUAUAGGAGUGCAUAUAUGUGCACCCACUGUUGGAAAACACCAGUAAUGACUCAUUCAAAGACUUUUUCACUUUCUAUGAAACUGUCUGUAUGAGUGGCAUUUAAAAGAAUGCAUUGGUGGAGAAUUUUCCUCAUGCAAGCAGGUAGGGUGUCAAAAAGAAGAGUUCAAAACUAGGACAAACAGGAUACAAAGGCGUAGACUGUACCACAGAGACAGGAAACCACGAUAGAAAGUUAACAGAGAUGUUGAAGGAGGGCAUCAGGUUGAAAGGUGAAUGUUACAUGCCGCUACUUUGUUUUUCACUACUUAAUUGAAAUAAAAUUAAAAAAAAGUGUGUUCCAGUAUGUUCUUAACAACCAAUUCCUCCAUACUUACGAAGGCAUCAGGUGAUGGCAUGAUUGACAAGGAGAAAAAAUUUUAAACAGAGCCUAACAGACAAAAAAAAGUGACAAGCACCAAGGUUAUGUUAUUUUUUGGGCAAUAAAUUUGCAGAGCGUAAGACUUUCAACUGUGGCAUGCCGGGUGCAAAGCUAAUAAACAGUGUCAUGUUUGACGUGCUGCUAAUCUGCCAAUGAACAGAAAAUAGAAAGCAUAGUUUGGCUUAAUAGGAAUGUUUUAUUUAUUUAUUUAGUUUUUAAUUUUUUAAUUUUAAUUGUUUUUUUUUUUGUUUUUUUUUACAUAUAUAAGGCCUUUUGUUUUGGGGGUCAUGUGAAAACUCCUAGGAUCCCCAAAGUUAGAACCUAAGUGUCAAGAGAUUUUCCGCUCAUCAACACAUUUUGUGAACUCUAAUCUCUAAGCUAAAAGGAAAUGCCAAAGUUAUGACGGUUCAUCAUAAGCAAGUCUUAGCUGUCUUUCUUAAAUUUCAUGCCAAAAUGUGCAGCAGUUACAGAGAUAUUUCCGACAAUACGAGUGAACCAAAUGUCCAGCAGAAGAACAGGUUAUGCUUUCUGUGGAGCCAUGCUGUUUAGGACGCACAGAAAGAUCACCACAUAUAUGAAUAUACUUUUGUUCCACCCACAAUAGGCUGAAAUAGAGAAUUCCCAAUGGCUGUCGUGGUGGUGUGUACAUGUGGUUGCGAAACUUGGUGUUUUUUACUCCGGUGGGAGCAUUAUUGGGUCUGGGUUAGGGGAAGGACUGUUUAGACAGAUGACAGAGUCUGCAUUCUGAGUGAGGCCUGUUGAUACAGGUGUGUGUUUGAGCACAUACGUCUGCUAGUGUGUCCUUUGUUAAGGGAGCUCUGUGUAGACGAAUGACGAGUAUAUUCUGCAUAUAUAGAUAAAAAUAUGUCAACUAUUCAUCAGUGGAAAGCCUCAAACAUGCGGCAGCUUUUACUUCUGUGUGUUUUCAGUUUGCAGAAUUGGGUUGUGUUUGUGUUAGUGUCUGUGUCAGAUCCGGUCAAGUGUUUGUGGAAACAGUCUGUAAGUGGGAUGUUUUUGUAUUUUGGAAAUUUCAGGAUGUGCGUUUGCUUGUGAGUGUGUGUGAAUGUGUUUUGUGUCUGUUUUGUCGUACUCACAUUGAUAUCUGCCUUUUUUUAUGAAUUAAUCAACCCUGAGAGGACCCCAACAUAAAGGGGAUAACCAAUUUUGAACCAGCUAACUAUCGACUAAAACAAGCAAGAUGAAAGUAAAUGUUGAACUCAAUAACCUUUAAACUGAAUCGUUUUUGUUUACACUAAAGUUGAAAUUUUGUUGUUAUUCCUAAUAGAGAAUAAUAGUAAUCAUCUAGCUAAUGCUAUCUCUGUGUUGUAGCUCUGGUUGUUUCAUGUGUUUUCUUUAAUUUGAUGGAUGCCCCUUUACUCAGCUCCCUAGUCAGGUGAGUCAGUCAUUUUAAGCUGUUACUCCUCUUUCUAUCAGGUGGUGGUUGGACAGACCCCGAGCUGGCUGACUUUGAGCUGCUGGUGAUCAUGAGCGCCACGGUUGAGCCGACCUCUGCUACCUGCCAGGUUCGAACGUCCUACCUUCCGGAUGAGAUCCUCUGGGGAUACGAGUUCCCCCCUGUUGUCUCCCUGUCCCCCUCAGGAAAAUACGUGGCAGAUUUCGCAUUUUUCGACAAAGUGGCCAAAACCAAAACCCCACCACUUUUCAAGCAGGCCCUGCCUCCGAGUCCACCCUCACAGGCGUCUCGUCGCCAUGGUGGCAAGGAGGACGGGAUGGACCCAGAGAAGAUGCGGCUGGAGGAGAGUUACAGGGGGGAAGAGAGGGGGAGAGAAAGGGGACGGAUCAGAGACAGCAGCCCACUGAGUGUGCGCAUCAGUAAUGUCUGAGGGAGGAGGUGAGAUCAGAAAGUUGAUGUGAAAAUACACACAGGAAGAAGCUGCUCAACAAAGGAAGCCUGCGCACACUCGAACUGUGGAAGGUGAACACCUGGAUGCCUUCUACGUGCAACAACCACAAGAACUGCUUCUUUAACCACAUGCCUGUCAACAACAUGCUGAAGAAGGCCUGCAAACAAAGUUCAGCAGGAGCAAACCCAGUACAACCCAAUGUACAAAAGCUAAACACAACACCAGGUCAUUUGUAUUCAUCUUAUAUGAUCAGUUCUGUCAAUAUUUAAGCUGCAAAAGUAAUACACCUUUUUUUUUAAGAAAAGUCAAAAAGGGGAAGGAAAUACUGAACCAGGCCAAGUUUCCUCCCCUUAUGGUAUUUUUAACCCAUUUGAGAAAAAACACAAGACGUUAAUUUUGACAAACUGACUUUAUAAGAUGAGUUUUGCAGUCAAACUUUUAUAUUGGUGGUACUUACUGAAUCAAAGUACUGUUUUCUUUCUUUUUCAUGAAUGGGAAACCCUCAGUGCUUUGGAAAAAAUACUGGAACCAUUCUAUUUUUAACAAUGGAUUUUAAAGGAAUGUAUCAUAUUAUAUAUACAGGAUAGUUUCUAACACUGUCACUGGAUGCACCAGGACAUAUUGUGCUCGAUGGUAUGAAUGUCUUUUCUUGUUUAUUCGGGUUUAUGACUGACUAGUAAUAUUACUAAAAGCACUUUAACUUGAAAGAAAAGUGGCAUUUCACACGAGAGAAUAACUGAACUAACUCUGAUACCUAAUGCACUGUAAUAAAUGAUUAAAUCUUGAUGCUACGUUUGCUUGAAAAUGGGUCAUUUUGUAAAUGUCAUAAUUCUGUCUGUAUGAACCACUGUCUUAUGUACAGUACGUAUAUGUGUGUGUUAAGUACCUCUGUACAGUGCAUAAAGAUGCGCUGAUAUUACACUUCUUUAAAUACAACUCUGUAUUUUCAACAAGCCAAGUUACUUGUUUUCAUGCACAUUAUUUUAAAGGUAUUUUUUGUUGUAGCAGUCAGAUUAUAGAGGGAAAUGCCCCCUUGCUCAGCCCUUGAUCAGUGAAACUACUUUAGCAUAAGAAUCUCUUCCCUUUUAGCCUAUCUAAGCCAAAUAUCAAAUACAAACCCUUUGGGCACAACAACCACUCAUCUUUAAAGCCUCCCAUUAAAUAUGAAAAUGGCUCUUACAACUUUGUCCACUCUGAGCUUCUGUAUACAUACGGCGGUGCAAGAUAGCGGCCUCCAUGGAGAAGGGCCCUCUCUUACAGGUUCAUUCAAAUUUUAAAAAUACAAAAUGAUUUUUAUGUUUAGGUAUACACUCAUUUAGAAAUACUCGUGAAUUUACAAUAUCCACUUUCCCCAAAUAUUUUUCUGCCAGAUGCCGCUUAAUAUUACACACUGCAGCUUUAAUGUGAAGUACAUAACAUCUGCUUUACUGCUGUGAUUUCUCAAAACAAAGGUGUCCAUGAAUUCUAACCAUACAUGACUUGAAUCAGCUGGGGACAUUAUUUGGAUUAUAAUUCCAUGUUCUUCCUCCUAUAGUCAUUAUAAAUCAUGAGUGAUGCAUCAAAAUUAUACCAGAUUUUGGUCGUUUUUCAAAUUGAGAAAAAUAAAUUCCCUCAAAAUAAAAGAAAUCAAAUUUUUUAAGUGAAGGAAUGGGGGAGCAUGAUCAUCAGUUUUAGAUUUUUAGUAGGCCUAUAAGGUGAAGUGCCACUAUCAGAGAAAAGAUCUGCUGCUCUUGAUAAGCCCAAUGAAUGAAAGACAAAGACAGAAAAUGUUUCCUAUCAUUUUGAAAGAAGUUUUAAAAUUCAAUUGAACUUACUGAGAGACUGUGCUUGUUUAUUAUACUUCAGAGCCCACUUUAAACUGUCUAUGGAUCGAUCAUGAAACUGGAAGAUCACUGGCCUAACUUCUGAAGUAAGCACUAUUUAAGUGUCUUAUGUAAUAAAUGUCUUAUUUACACCAUUUUUAUGUGUGAGAAUCUAACUGAAUCAUUUCUCUCAUGAGUUUUUAUUUAUCAUAUAACUUAAACUGGUAAUUGAGUAAUGAUAUAAUCAAUAAAAUAAUUUGCUGUCUUGAUUUCAAUAACUGGCUGGAGCAGGACAUCUGAAAGUCAGAAUAACAACUAUCUAAUCCUUACAAAGUAUUUUGGUUUAUGGUUUUAUUGUAUUAGGUAAUGCAACAAUGGAUUGAAUGGAAGACUGAACAGGUUUUAUGUUUGGUUCAGUAUAUACACAGUCUACUGUACAAACCAUUUGAUGUCCAGUUCUGCCCACAUUUCGACCCCGUCCAUUUUUAGGAACUGUAUAUAGAGAUAUAGAGCAACACCACAACUGUGGGCUGUGGCCCUCUAGUGGCCCAUAGAGGUCAUCAGGUAAGCUCUGAGGACUGAUAAGUCUAUUUUUAGAACUGAUUAUAUUUAUUUUAACUUCUUGGGUUGCUUUUCAGUUAUCACAUAUUACUGCAAAAGCAUUUCACAAACAGAGUUAUUUCACAAGAGGCAAUAAUUACUUUCACUAACUUUUUAAUGUAACAAAAAUACUUUUUAAAUUGAUUUUGCAUUUUCUGUAGUACUUUGCACCUCAUUAAAUAUUUGACAAAAAUCCUUUUUGUUUAUUAUGAAAAAAACAAA